ACACGUAUAAAACAGACAGGACUGCACACUUACGGCGUGAUAAUUCUAACAGUAACGGAAACAGCACAAUGGGGUGUUCAGGCAGUCUCCUCGCUAUUGUUAUGGUGGCGAUGUUUAGAAUUUCUCAAGGAUCUGCGGAGCUCGGAUGGGAAGUUGUGCGUCCGCUCAGCAACAGCGUUUUCCAAAUAAGUUCAGCAGGGAAAUCCCCGGUUGGAGAGUGCUUCAGUUUUAACGCAACCAUUGAAGCUCCUAGAAACACCACCAGAUUAAACAAAUACUCAAGUUGGACUAUUGUUUCAGACGAAGGUACACAAACUCCGAACUACGAACUCGUCAUCGACAAACCCCUUACCUACUGCCUAGCAACAGCUGAGAAGUUAAUAUCGGGCUCGGAAUCCAUCAACAUAAUGUGGACUUACCCUACAGACGAAAAUUUACAGACUGUGUUUCCGUUCAAUAAUUGCAAAGUCCAAAUCCUUAGACAAGAAUCCGACACAGUAGUGUCGUUUAAAGCUUUCAUGAAGUUGUGUGAUGGAAAUUAUGUGUUUUGGCCCGAAAUCGGCGUGCAAAGACGUCGGAAAUGGGACAUAACAAAUAACGAUCGAAAAUAUUUCACACAAGAGAAUAGGAAGGCUGUUUCAACAGCUGGAGAACUACAGGGCGCAACGUCAAUUGCCGCUCAUUUUGAUAAAGUAGCGUUACGUAAGGACAACAUGAGCCUAAAGGCCUUCACAUUCCGUAUUUAUCUGCGUCAGGCUGAUUGGGAAGUCUUGGACGUCAUGCUGAUGAUAGAUCUUCUUUCUGUGUUUUGAUUAUUCUGAUAUCAUUUUUAUUUUGUAUAUUAGAUUAAAUACACGUGUGCAAACUAA